AGGAGAUGACCAGAGACUGCGGACACAGUACGGGAGAUGACCAGAGACUGCGGACAUAGUACAGGAGAUGACCAGAGACUGCGGACACAGUACAGGGGAUGACCAGAGACUGCGGACAUAGUACGGGAGAUGGGCCAGAGACUGCGGACACAGUACAGGAGAUGACAGGAGACUGCGGACAUAGUACAGGAGAUGACCAGAGACUGCGGACACAGUACAGGAGAUGACUAGAGACUGCGGACAUUGUAAAGAGAGGGGGGGGGGGGAGAUAAGGGGGGAGAGAGAGAGAGGAGGGGGGAGAGAGAGGGAGAGAGGAGAGGGAGAGAGAGGAGAGGAGAGGGGAGGAAGAGGGAGAGAGGGGGGAAGGAGAGAGGGAGGAGAUCGAUCA